AUGUGUGGGUGAUUCAAGUGAGCUAGUGUGCUGUGCCCGUAAAUAUAUAAAUCCGACCUGAGGUGCAGCGCGCCACAUUUCCAAAUCAAAGUAUGGACUCACCAACACCGCCAAUUGUCAUUGACGAUCCGAACGGUUCAGCAAUGGACGCUUGUUUUACGGCAUUCGAUAAAGACGGCGACGAUCGCCUAAGUUUAGCUGAAUUCAGUUUAAUAUGUCGUGCACUGUUUCGUAAUGACAAAGGGCACAUUUACGAACUGCCCGAAGAGCGGUUGCAAGAAAUAUUUGCGGUAUUUGACACAAAUGAAGAUGAGUUCAUUGAUCGGGAUGAGUUUAAAUUCUGCUGGAAUAAUUGGAUAAAGACGAUCGUUCGUCCUGUUAACGCAUUUUUGAUUGUUGAUGUACAAAAUGACUUUAUAAGUGGUUCCUUGGAUAUAAGUAAUUGCAGUGCACAGCAAAAAGGGCACGAGAUCCUGGAACCCACCAACAAUCUCUUGGAUACCGUGGAUUUUGAUGCUGUAUUCUAUUCCUUGGAUUGGCAUCCCAGUGAUCACGUUUCAUUUAUAGAUAAUGUUAAAAUGCGGCCACUAGACGAAAACUCUCCCAUUGAUGCAGAUUCUGCCCAAGUCUUUGAUACCGUCAUAUUUGCUGGUCCACCACCAAUGAAGCAGCGUUUGUGGCCGCGUCACUGUGUUCAGGAUUCGUGGGGUGCUGAAUUGCACAAAGACUUGAAGGUUGUUGAACAUGGCAUUAAAAUCUAUAAGGGUACAAAUCCGGAGGUUGAUUCAUAUUCGGUGUUUUGGGACAAUAAGAAACUCUCUGAUACCACAUUGAAUGCCCAGCUGAAAAUGAAGGGAGCAACGGAUAUUUAUGUAUGUGGUUUGGCCUAUGAUGUUUGUGUGGGUGCCACUGCUGUCGAUGCUCUUUCUGUGGGUUACAGAACCAUUUUGAUUGAUGACUGCUGCCGUGGGACAGAUUUCCAUGACAUUGAACACACCAAGGAAAAGGUGAUAAGCAAUCAUGGUGUCAUCGUUCACUCAACUGAGGUUAAGGCAAUGGCUGAGGGCCGAGAUCGCCGCCCCGAACUUGGCUAUAAGCUAGCCAUGGAAUUAAAAAAUCCAGAUUCAGUUCUAUCUCAACGCAAUGGCUAUCGUUCAGUGGAGUAGAUCUCCUCAUA